AUGAUAUUAUCACUAAAGGCACGCGUUCUACUUUCAAGAAGACAAUGUAGGAAAAUUCAACUUUGUAGGAAAAUUCAACUUAUGAUCCAUACAAAAGAUGAAGCAAUCAAUAAUCUUGCAAAUGGUGUAAUCGAUGCUGAUUUAGUAAAACUAUGUCAAAGAUUUGCAAGUGAGAAAUUUCAGAAGGUUAGCAUUAGAAAUAAGAAAAACAAAUCAUUUAAUCAAGUUCCACCUGCGGUUGGCACAGUUUCAAUUGCAAAGAUUGUUGACAAGGUAAGCAACUUCUUUAAAACUUAAAUCUUUCAUUGCUUGUUACAAAUAUAUAUAUCUUGACAAACUUAUGGUGAGCAACCUUGUUAAAACAUAAAAAGAAAGGAGAAGAAGUAUCAUUGAUUGAACGUUACAAGACUGAACAUUUUUCGAAAAAAAAUUCAAAUG